CCCCAACGGAACAUUUUCAAAAAUCCAAGCGUUGCAGAUUGAAGUUGGUUGUCGCUGCUCACAAGUCAUGCUAACUGUGAGCUACAAGUGAAACGUUUUUACAGCUGAAAAUUCCUUAUUUCGAAGGGGCCUUUAAUCUGUCUGAGUGAGUUUUAUUUUAGGUUUCGAGCAAUGUCUGCCAAGCAGGUGUCGGUCUUGGCUCAAUAUGAUGACCUCUGCAGAGGUUUUAAUUACUUCAUCAAUAGUUCCGAGAAAGAAUUCCUGAAGUUCGCUGUAAAUCAAGAAGCUUGUCGUCAAAAAUGGCUUGAGGCUGAAGCAGAGCUUAGGCGCCUACAGAAUCAAUUAAAUGAAGUCAAUAAAAUGAAUGGCAAGCUUGAACUGCAAUAUCAUCAUGCCACUGUUUUACUAAAAAAUGAGAUUAAAGUGAGGAAACAAGUGUCUGAUGAAAAGAAAUCUUUGGAAAAACAACUGCACAUUGUUCGCGAAAUUGUUUCCGCUGAAAAAGACAUCAGAGAUGAAACCCGCGAAAAACUCGCCAUGCUCAGCAACACUGGACGUUACUCGCGUGGAAAUUUUGAAUCUCCCGGCGACAGAUUAAACACAAUUAACGAAAUGAACAGUACCGGCUCGCUGUUGGCUUCGUUCGACCUCACAACUGAACGCACGGAGGAAGAGCUUGAAUUGUCAGUUAUGCGUUCUAGUCGAGCACCCCGAUCGAAACGUCCAUCAGAAGGAAUGUGUUACAAUCUCGACAACUCUAAACGCUACAAAACUAACCGUGAAAAUAUCAUGGAAGUAUCAGGCAAUGAACGCAUGGUUGCCACAACGACAGUAACUGUUAAUAAAGGAGGUCCAAUCACGGCCACAUCCAUUAUCGAAAAUUGUCCCGACUUGGGCAAGGAAAACGAUGACGGCCAUGUCACCCCUAGAAACCAAAGAAAGAGGAGCUCUAGCGAACCUGGAAUCAUACCAAAUGCUCCUCCUCAAUGCAAGUAUCUGAUUGAAUCAUCCUGGGAACUUCCAGACGGCAAAACACCCGUGGCCAUCCGACGCCCGAGUGCAAAUCCAUCAGCUUCAGCGCAGUCUACCCACACGCUUGGUGGAACUGCUUACUUGCGCACUAUGGCUUCAGGUGGGCGAAUCAAUCAACGCCAACACACUUUCAGCCAGAAAACAAUCAUUAAACCAGAAAACUGUCUUCCUUGUGGAAACAGGAUUAAAUUUGGGAAGCCUGCCUUGAAAUGUAUCGAGUGCCGAGGUACUUGUCACGUGGAUUGCAAGUCCCGCAUGCCCAUGCCAUGCGUUCCAACGGUUCAAACACCUUCCAAUAAGGGAUUCGUCGGAACAGUGGCUGAUUACGCUCCCAACAUCUCACCCAUGAUCCCCGGCAUUGUCAUUCACUGCGUCAACGAAAUUGAACGGCGCGGCCUGAACGAGGUUGGCAUCUAUCGCGUUAAUGGCUCUGAAAAGGAAAUUAAAGACAUGAAGGAACGUUUGUUGCGUGGUAAAGGUCAGCCCACGUUGUCUCAGAUUGAUAUUCAUGUUGUCACUGGGACUCUCAAGCUAUUCUUCCGCUCGCUAAAAGAGCCUCUCAUCACGUACACGCUUUGGGACAGUUUUGUCCGAAUCGCCGAUCUUAACGAUGAGAUGGAUAUUCAAACUACUGUCUAUUCGCUUGUUCCAGAUCUUCCUCAGCCCAACCGAGACACGCUGGCAUAUCUUAUUCUUCACCUUCAACGUGUCGCGGAAGCUGAAAUUUGCAAGAUGCCAAUUACCAAUUUGGCCAAGAUAUUCGGUCCCACCAUCAUCGGAUAUUCUUGUCCGGAUCCACUCCCGGAAAUGGCGCUCAAGCAGCUCAAGAAACAGCACUUGACCAUGGAGAGGCUUUUGCUCAUCCCUAGCGAUUACUGGACGCGCUACGUGGACGCUGAUACGGAGACUUUUACAUCUACUCCUGUGAGUUCACGCCAUCCAGGAGUGGCUACGAUUGCCAAAAGUGUGAAAAGGGGUCCUACUUUCUUCUCAUCUCCCAACAUGAUAAACUAAUGUCAUGUGUCUAUUUUUGCGUUUCGAAAUUUCAAUUCGUUAAUCCAUCAACUUCUUACAUGUUAAUAAUCUGCCUUUCUUAUUCAUUUGAACUACACUACUUGUUUCUUUUUUCUUAUUCGCCCCAAAAUGUUUAAGUGAAAUAAAAAAAAUUGCCCCAUUGGAUAGAAAAAACCAAACUGCAACGGUGGCAAGAAAUUUAAAGUA